AUGCUUUUCUCCGCCCUCGCCAUUGCCAGCGGUGCCUUCGCGGCCCCUGCUCAAGCCAACGUCAACGCCGCCGCCGCCAAGGACCUUUCCAUCGGUGCGAGCGUUGGUGUUGGAGCUGGCUUCGGCGGCCCCUACUACGGCGGAUACCCCUACUACGGAUACUAUCCCUACGGUGCCUACUACGGUGGCUAUCCUUACGGCAACUUACCGUUGGUAAAGAACCAGAAUUCUUGGCCUGGUGCCUUGAAGCAUUAG